AUGCAAAAUGUUCUAACAGGAGACGUGUCAGAUCUUCCCCGGAAUCGGGUGAAGAAGAUUGCGAUGGUUUCUGAUCCGUUUGUGUUGGAUUCACGAGAAAUCCUCUACGGACUGAGCACACCCACCCCUGAAACCCCCGCAACAAACAGUCAGAUCUCAGACUCGUGGUCCGAGAGACGUUACGUACGGACAUGUUACACUACUUGCAUGAAGAAUUUCAAGGCGAUCACCAUGGAAUCAACCGGACGUUUGAUCUUCUACUGGAUCGUGAUGUACGUCGAUGUACAGAAGUUCUUCAAAGUGUGUGUAGAUUGUGCGUCGGCCAUGGGGCGACCACCGGUCUUUGGCCCGUCACCUGGCAAUAUCAAAUCGAGAUAUCCGUUCGAGGUGGUCUCUAUGGAUUUUGUCACUGAGCUACCUGAGUCCCAUCGUGGAAAUACAUAUUUAUUGCUGUUCCAAGAUCAAUUCCCAGGAAACGUCAUGACCAAAUCCAUGCUGAAUACCGAAGCCCAAGCUGUUGCAGGAGCGUACGUGGAGUGUGUAUUCAGAAGAUUUGGAGUAAGUUCUGGGAUCAAACAUAACCAGUAUCCUCGUUUCUUGAGCAAGAGUCCUUCUGAAAAAUAA